CAGUGAUUUCCUUUGCCACCCGCGGUCUACUGGAACCAUGCGCUUCAUCUGCUGCUCGGCCAUGCCCGACGUGUGCGAGCCGGCGGAGCGGCCGGUCGUCUUCGAGGCGACCGAGGCGACCAGUUGCGAGUUUGACGAGCUGCACACGUCUGUUGCGGUGCUGCUAGCCGAAUGUGACGAGCCGCUCUUCCACGAGGCUGGCGUUUGGAUUCCGAGCUCCUCGGAGUGGCUCGUCACGUCCGACCGGCUGCAGCAAAACACCCUCGCCACCAACGUUAAGAUCAUAGCGCUGCACCACCCGUCGGGAAACGUGCGCCGGCUGCGUGCGCUCGAAGAAGCGAUAGAGAUGGGCAACGGCGGCACCACGGACUUCAAGGGAGGUGCGUUCCUGUGCUCGCAAGGGCUGGGCUCCGUGAGCGGCUCGCUGUGGCACAUCGACAAAACGCUGAGCGUGGCGACGCGACUCGGCCCAGAAGCCGGCCUCACGCUGAACUCGCCGAAUGAUCUCGUGCUGCACAAGUCUUCCGGUCAUCUCCUCUUCACGGACCCUGCGUACGGCCUCGAAUCGCAGGGCUUUCGCGCGGCUCCGUUUGAUACCGCCAAGGCCGUCUGGGCUGUGCCGUCGCACCCGCAAAAGUGCUCGGAUCUGGCCGAGUGGCGCAGGGUCGACAGGCGCGCCGAUGAGCCGAAUGGCGUGCUGCUGUCGCCCGACGAGAAGACGGCCUACGUUUCUGAUGUGUGGAGCGGGAAGUGGGCCCGCGGCAAGCAGCUUCGGCACGCGUGCCCUGGCGGCGAGAGGAGCUGCGUCUUUGCGUAUGACGUCGUGCAUGACGGCCAACACGGCAGCGCGCCGUCGCUGGCCAACGCGCGUAAGCUGAUUGAUCUGUGCGACAAGAAGGAAGUCGACACGGGCGCCGAGGGCUACCCAGACGGCCUCAAGUGCGACGUGCGCGGCAACCUCUACGCGGGCUGCGGCGAUGGCGUGCGCGUUUACUCGCCCGACGGUAGCUACCUCGGCCGCAUCAAGGUGAAGGGUGGCGUCAGCAACCUCUGCUUUGGCGGGCGCGACGGCAAGACGCUACUGCUGCUCAACAAGAAGAGGGCAUUCGCCGUGAGGAUGAAGGUCAAGGGCGCCAUCAUUUGCGACGAGUAGAUGCAGGCUAUGUGUGGGUGCGCGUGCGGGGAGCGCGGGAGCGGGGUUCCUGUCUUGGAUUUUUUGCAGCCGCGCGAUGCCACGAUCUCUAGACACACUACGCGGACACAGAUGCGUACGUAUCCACUGUUGCACUGUUGCACUGGGAUAGGGUCGAUUCCGCAUGGCACGGGACCCCUCGAUCGUCUCGCCCUCCCUCACUGGUGUGUUCAUUGACGUAUCCACUAAACACUAACGAUUCGCAGUGGC